AUGGAAAUCGCAGAAAUGCUCGAGCGCAAAAGGAUUGACAUCUGCCGCCUUCAGGAAACCCGAUGGAAAUCGAAUGUUGACUGUCAUGUCAACUCAGACAAAGAAAAAUAUAAACUAUUCUGGAAUAGUCAAAAGACGGCCAAAAAUGGUGUUGGAAUUUUUGUCAGAGAACCGCUAGCCCAAGAAGUACUGGAUAUUAAAAGGAUUAAUUCACGCGAUCUCAAUGGCCACGUUGAAGAGAAAACAGAUGGUUUUGACAACGUACAUGGUUUUAACUAUGGAGAACGGAAUGAAGAUGGCAUCCGCAUCCUUGGGUUUGCUGAAAGUCACGGGUUUUGUUUACUGAAAACAUAUUUUAGAAAGAGUGAAGCUGACUAUAAAUGGAUCUCAGAAGUUGAUGACCUGGAAAAAGAUAAAAGAGCAUUUGAUCUACCGCUAGAAAUGUCUCUUGAUAUAACAGGGUUAGUAACGGGUUGA